GUCGACACGCAAAUACACACACAUGAAUACACACACAAACUGACACACACGCACGCACGCACACACAAGCGUUAACAUACACACACACACACACCCCUCAAAAGUCAGGUGAAAUUUAAGACGGCAGGUAAAAAAAGUUUCAGAACGUAAACAAAAAGUUUUAAAUGUGUAAAAAAUGCUUUUACUCUUUAAAUCUGAAAUUCUGUAAGUGACGGUUCAUGAAGGAGUCAACCAGGUGAGACGUGUGGUCUACUAGAGGUCCUGUAGUCUACCCAGUGAAUCCUACCGGUCCUGUGGUCUACCCAGUGAAUCCUACCGGUACUGUGGUCUACCCAGUGAAUCCUACCGGUCCUGUAGUCUACCCAGUGAAUCCUACCGGUCCUGUGGUCUACCCAGUGAAUCCUACCGGUACUGUAGUCUAUCCAGUGAAUCCUACCGGUCCUGUAGUCUACAAAGUAAAUCUUACCGGUCCUGUAGUCUACCCAGUGAGACCUACCGGUCCUGUGGUCUACCCAGUGAAUCUUACCGGUCCUGUAGUCUACCCAGUGAAUCCUACCAGUCCUAUGAUCUACCCAGUGUAUCCUACCGGUCCUGUAGUCUACCCAGUGUAUCCUGAUGGGUUCUACAGUCUACCCAGUGUAUCCUACCGGUCCUGUAGUUUCCCCAGUGUAUCCUACUGGUUCUACAGUCUACCCAGUGUAUCCUACUGGUCCUGUAGUCUACCCAGUGUAUCCUACUGGUUCUACAGUCUACCCAGUGUAUCCUGAUGGGUUCUACAGUCUACCCAGUGUAUCCUACCUGUCCUGUAUUUUCCCCAGUGUAUCCUACUGGUUCUACAGUCUAUCCAUUGUAUCCUACUGGUUCUACAGUAUACCCAGUGUAUCCUACCGAUUCUACAGUCUACCCAGUGAAUCCUACCGGUCCUGUAGUUUACUCAGUGUAUCCUACUGGUUCUACAGUCUACCCAGUGUAUCCCACCGGUUCUACAGUCUACCCAGUGAAUCCUACCGGUCCUGUAGUUUACUCAGUGUAUCCUACUGGUUCUACAGUCUACCCAGUGUAUCCUACCGGUCCUGUAGUUUACUCAGUGCAUCCUACUGGUUCUACAGUCUACCCAGUGUAUCCUACUGGCUCUACAGUCUACCCAGUGUAUCCUACUGGCUCUACAGUCUACCCAGUGUAUCCUACCGGUUCCACAGUCUACCCAGUGUAUCCUACCGGUUCCACAGUCUACCCAGUGUAUCUUACUGGUUCUGCAGUUUACCCAGUGUAUCCUACUGGUCCUGCAGUCUACCCAGUGUUUGUGUUUCUGGUUGAUCUUUUCACUAAAUGUUCUAACAUUAGUUUACAGUUUCAAGGUUCAAAGGCCAAAAUCAAAAACACCAUUUUGUCCAAAUUUGCUUCACACACACAACAACAAUAAAAACAAAGAAAGAAGAAGCCUCCGAAAGGGACA